GGUCGCCCGAUUUCCGGGGAAUGGUGCUUUCUCUUGAAAGAGAUCAUGACUUUUCGUGUGAAAAUUUAUUUGGGCAACAUCCUGGAAACGAUCCGGUAAUUGACCCUUCUUCUAUGCCCUCCCAAAGGGAAGAUCAGAUUGCGGACUCUCCACAACUUAUUACAGACUGCGUUAAAAGUCCUACGGACAACUUGGAAGAUAUAAACAGCGAUGAUUUGGGCUUGGAUGUCAGUGGAAAUGAGUCUGAAGAAGUUAAUGAUGAAAUUGAAAGUAAUGAAACGUUGAAUAGAUUAAGAGCUGCUAUAGGAGAAGAUGACAAUGAAACUUUAGAUAAUUACGAUAAUGACUUGGAACAGAUUAAGUCGGGCGUAAAGAAAAGACGUGUUAUUCACAAGGAAGUCUCGUUAAGUCUACCAACCUUUUCGAAAUGUAUUAGCGAAUUUGAGACACCGCCUUUGCUUAUUAAAGUUCCCAAGUUUAUAAGUUUUGAACCGAAGCCGUUUGACGAAAGUUCCUAUGAGGCUCUGCCCCCGAGUGCGUUGGAGGAAAUUAACUUCGAAGGCAUUGUUCGCUGGAGAAGAAGUGGCGACUCUGUCGAAUCUAACUCGAGGCUGGUGAAAUGGUCUGAUGGCAGUUACUCCAUAGCCGUAGGCUCCGAAUAUUAUGACCUCCUUGAGAGGAAAGUGGAAGAAGACUUGGAGCACGUGUUCGUGUGUGGUUCUGACAAUAUGCAGUGCGUCUGCAUACUCGAGAAAAAGUUUGCUCUCCGUCCUGUUAGAAUGGAGUCUCUUACCAGAAAGAAGCUUCUCCAGACGCUUUCCAAGCAAAGUAGCAAGAGGAAGUGUGUAGGUGACAUCCCCGUGUAUGUUGACUUGGAAGCGGAGCAAAGGAAGCAGAGACUACGGGAGGAGGAGAGAGUUCGGAAUAGAAGAAAACUCGCUGAAAGACAGCGAAGAGUGCGUAUGAAGGAUCGAGAAUUGGACUCUUCUUUUCUUGAGAGAGGCUACGGGGACAGCAGCGACGACGGAGACUUCAGAUUCGGCUCGGGCAGUCGAGCGUCUGCCAACGACAGCGAAGACGAAGAUCGGCUUAACAACGUCAAGCGGGGUAAACGUGGUGGGAGCACGCGGUCAGAAGGGAAAGAGGCGUCGAGCUCGGACUCGGAGCUGGAGCUCGACCUCUUUGAUGGAAAAGCAGAUUUACACAGUGAAAAUACUUGAGU